AUGCGGUCCAGCGACGACGGAUCGGAGAAGAAUCUCGUUACCAAUUCGCCGACCCUGAAUGAUGCCCGUCCAAUGGUAGAGGCAAAAUCAAAUUCGACAGCGGCUAUGCUUCGCCUUUCUCUAUGGGUUUCAUUCGCAGCAUGGAUCGCCAACUUCGACAACGGUUAUACAGGCACCAUCUUGAUAAUGCCAGCCUACCGAAAAGCAUUUGGAACAUGUCACGAACUCAUGAAUCCAACAACCGGCCAAAUGGUCGAACAAUGUUCAAUAACACCCCUCCAACAAUCCCUUAUCAGUCUGAAUUACAUGUUCAUUGGAAUCGGGGGAGGCCUGUCCGCACUGACGGGUAGAUAUACUGGCCGCCGUGGCGCGAUCCAAAUCGGAUGCGGACUUGCUAUCAUCGGAGCAGCUGGAAUGUUGGGUACUGGCAACGGUUCGGCCAAUACUUUCUUGCACUAUAUGGUGUGCAAAUGCAUUAGUGCCAUUGGCAUUGGGCAGCUUAUUUCUGCUUCUUUGGCUUAUGGCUCCGAGUGCAUCGUCGCUAGCAAGCGCGGCCUCGCGCUGGGGCUAUACAACGUCGGCCUGGCACUCGGUAAUCUUGCGUCGGCGGCCGUGUGUGCUGGAUCUGCGCGUCUCGAGCCAGGAAAUAACUGGCAGUGGAAGACACCCAUAUUAGCACAGAUUCCAAUGGGAAUCAUCCUCGGCGCGGGCAUUCUGAUGUUCCCCGAGUCUCCUCGAUGGAUCCUGAACGACAACGAAAACAGAGAAGAAGAAGCCCGCAGAGCAUUCAGUAUCUUGUAUCGCAUUCCCGCCGAUUCCUGGGAGAUUACUGCUCAGAUUGAAGAUGUAAAAGCGCACAUCAAAUCUGAUCGCGUUAAUGCUGCUGCCUCAUCUUGGUACGAGAUUUACACCAAAUCCCAUUUCCGGCGGACGUGGACCUCGGCGUUGAUUAUGAUCGGGCUGUCGAUUACUGGCAUUCAAUUUGUCCAGCCUUAUGCAACGACGUUUCUCAAGGGCGUUGGUAUCAGUGAUCCAUAUCUCAUCAACGUGAUCAUUGGUCUCUGCAUUCUCGGUGGCUCGGGCCUCGGUCCCUUCAUUGUGGAAUAUGGAGGGCGUCGAUUUGCUAUUCUCUCUGGGUACAGUGCCAUGGCUAUUUGCAUGUUGGUUCUUUCCUCGGUCAGCACCGCACUCGGCGCAGAUGACGUCUCGAAAAUUGUCGUCGUCGUGUUGCUAUGCUUGUGGUCUUUUGUCUUUGGUGGAACUAUUGCGCCGAGUGCAGGUCUUGCCUCCGUGGAGAUGCACAGUGUUAGGCUUCGGACGUAUGGACAGGCACACACAACUGUUCUUUACGGUAUCUUUUCUUUCGGUGCCACGUUCUGGACACCGUAUAUGCUGGAUGCGGACCAUGGUAAUAUGGGUCCUAAUGUGGGUUAUUUCUACGCGGCUGUGACGGUGGUUAUUGGAGUGUUGGUCUGGUUGUUGGUGCCCGAGACUGCUAGUUUGACUCUGGAGCAGAUUGAUGAUACCUUCAACUCGGGCAUCCGACCCUGGAAGACUUCUACGGCAGCAAAUAGAGCCAUGGCCCGAGCCAAGGCUCAACAAUUAGCGGCAGAGUAG